CUGAUCUAAUCCAUUACAACUGAUCAAAAUGGAUUCUUGCCUAUAAAACAGUCUAACAGCUCAAGACAUUGACCAGUUUUCUCUCAUACUCUGGUGUUGUUGCUCAUUCCUAAGCAGACAAUUUCAGACAACCUAAUUCUCAAAAACAAUGAUGAGAUUGUACUGGCUUGCACAACAAAUGCUGCACCACAAUGGCAGCGUCUAUUUCCUCAUUCGUAUCUUGGACAGAAUAUUCUUGCAUAAACUGUGAUUGGUGCUUCCACACUCAACAAUAUUGUGUCAAUUUUCUGUAUACUACAAUGACUCUGAUGGAAAAUACGCCUAUUGUUGCUAGCUUAAACCGUUCUCUAUGAAUAAAUGAUACUUGC